AUGAUCCCCAAAAAAUCCAAUCGGAUCUAUGAUAAAAGUGGCGGAAAAAAUAUUAAACAGAGAAAUAUUUCGGAGAAAUCUGUAAAAUUUCUCAAGGAUUUUACAACGACUUUAAUUGAUGGUCAAUGGAGAUAUACUCUGGCUGUAUUUGCUGCGACUUUUGUAGUUUUAUGGACAUUCUUUGCUAUUCUCUGGAUGCUAAUAGCUCAGGCACAUGGAGACUUGGAUUUUGAUCCUGAUACGGGAGAACGAUUGAAUGAUGGUAAAACGACGUGCACCCACGGAGCAGAAGAUUUUGUUGGUUUCUUCUUGUUCAGUGUAGAGGCUCAAGUGACAACAGGAUAUGGUGAAAGGUAUCCUAAUGAAAACUGUCCAGAGGCACUUUUUCUCCUCAUGAUCCAAAUCUUAACCAGUGUUGUAAUUGAGGGUGCAAUGAUUGGUGUCGUUUAUGCUAAAUUAACACGUCCUCCUCGACACUGUGGAGAUCUUGUCUUCACACGCAACUGUGUUAUCUGCCUCCGUGAUGGUGUUCUGUACCUCCUAUUUAGAAUCUCUAAUUUUGCCCAGCACCAAGAGAUAAGUUCGCGAGUUGAGGUAUUUCUCUGUGAGAAAAGUAUUCCCUUUGAGGGAGAGACAGAAAAUCACAAAUUGGAACUGCUGAAUGAUGGAAAGAUAACACUCUUCCUGCCUCAUGAUGUGUCUCAUCCCAUCACCGAAGGCAGUCCACUCUAUGGAUACUCAGCUGCUGAUCUCUUACAGGCAAAUUUUGAAAUUCUCGUCACACUCACGGGAAGUUCCAAAGCAACUGGACAGAUUACCCAAACUCGCACUUCCUACCUCCCCAGCGAAAUCCUCUGGGGCUAUCGCUUCAAGAACAUCGUCCACUAUGAUCAUGGACUGGAAACUUAUGUGAUUGAAAGUGAUAAAUUCAAUAGCGUUACACGUGUAGAUACACCCCUCUGCAGUGCUAAAUACCUGCGUCACGUGAAUGAGACUCUAUGCAGCACCAAAGACUCAAAGUUAAGAAAGCGACACCAUAAAGAUCGAUCGCAGAUAGAUAUGCCAAUCCCUGAGAUUUCCCUGGACAGUGUCUUCAAGGAAAGCGAAGAGAGUCCUGAUGAGGUAGUUUCGCAAACUGAAACUCAAUCCUGGGACAAUUUUUUUGAUACACCCUCAAAUGAUAACGAUAUCGCAUUUUAA